UCAGACGUGCACGAGCCGAUUUGGUAAUAGUGUAGACAUCAUGAGAAGGUGAGAUAUAAACAGGAAGAGCAGUGCGAUGGCGUCUACCUUAGCAGUUCUUCUGCUCCUGUCUGCAGGUUUAUUCAUGGUAAAAGCCAGUUUUGGUGAGGAAUGUAAGAGCUACUACACCAUCUAUAACGAGUACAAGCCUGGGUUUACGUGCUUUUUUCAGCACUGCUGUGGAAACUGUGAUAACAGAUACUGCUGCUCCAGUGAAUAUUUCAAGUUAACCGAGUCUGUUCAAAGCUUCUGCGCUAUCAGAAUUACCUUGAUAGUAGUGGGGGUUGUGUUCCACAUUAUUGUGAUCAUCAUCUGCUGCUGCUGCCCCUGCUGCUGCAUCUAUAAAAUGUGCAGAAAACCCAGACCUGUGGCAGGAGCUCAUGUAACUACAGUCACAAAUGCACAUUUCAUUCAGCAGCAGCCUGUAAUGCAGGGGGGCCAGUGCCCACAAUACCAACCAGUGCUGACUCAACCGGGUUACGGUCAACCAGUGCAGAUGGGACCAUAUCAGGGACAGCCAUAUGCACCAGGACCCCCGCCCUCAUAUCACGUGGCCACGAGUCCUGGAUAUCCCACUAGUCUGAGUGCGUAUGACGGAGGCCAGGCCAUGUACCCCAUGCAGCCGCCUGCCCAGCCGGGUGUCGCGUGUAUGCCUUCAGAGACAUCGAAUCAGCCGGCCUACAACCCCGCCUACGUGCAGCCACCAAACUUCGGUUACUAAACCGCAACCGUCUGUCAGAUCAGUCAUGGCUGGAUUGUGGAGGUUGACGCACUUUUGAGAGGCAGUAAGAAUGUGCCCAAUUUAAUGUGGAUUAUACAAGAACAGUGUGUGUGUUAGAGUCAGGUUAUUACUGGCUUUAAUUUUAGUUAUUUUGUUUUAUUACUUUCAAUUUCUUUCAGUUUAGUUUUGGCGCUAUGACACACUGGAAAAAUUAUUUUAUUAAUUGUAUAUAAAAUAAAGAAUACUAUAGUAAGUUUUACAAGAAAAAUAUAGUUUCAGUCUUUCUACAAGCAAUGAGUGAAAAUUUUUCCUUAAGCUUUAGUUUUUGCUAGUGUUUGCUAUUUUCAGUACAUUAUUAUACUAUUGUUUUAGUACUGAACUGUACUGAUAUACAAAGUAAAUAUACAAACAAACAAACAGAAAAAAACCCAUCAAAAAUAUAACCUGUCAUUAUUAUUUUGUUUUUGUUGGUUGAUAUUCUUUAGUUUUGGGUAUAUGUAAUUCUGUUAUUGAGUUUUCAUAUUUUCAUUAACAGUGUAACUCACACAAAUAUAAUUGAAUUGGGUUUUACAUUUCAAAGGCGGUGACGGUGAUUCUAUUUAAAGAAAGUGUCAACAAUUUUUCUAUUUUGAGUUUUUUCCUUUGAGGGUCUAAAAUGCAA